UUCCAGUGGAGAAAAUAUGAUAAUCUGACCUCUUGUGUGCCCUUAAAUGGAAAAAAACAUGAUAAAGUUCCCUCUAGGAUGCCCUUACAGUGGAGAAAACAUGAUAAAGUGAUGUCUAGGAUGCCCUUCCAGUGGAGAAAACAUGAUAAAGUGUCCUCUAGGGUGCCCUUCCAGUGUAGAUAACACAAUAAUGUGCCCUCUUUGGUGCCCUUAAGUGGUGAAAACAUGAUAAAAUGCCCUCUGGAGUGCACUACCAAUGGAGGUAACAUGAUAAUGUGCCUUCUUGGGUGCCCUUAAAUGGAGAAAAUAUGAUAAAGUGCCCUCUAGUGUGCACUUCCAGUGAGGAAAAAAUUAUAAUGUGUCCUCUUGGCUGCCUUUAAAUGGAUAAAACAUGAUAAAAUGCCUGAAAUAGUGCUCUUCCAGUAGAGAAAACAUCAUAAUGUACCCUCUUGGGUGCCCUUAAAUGGAGAAAACUCAAUAAUGUGCCCUCUAGGGUGGCCUUAAAUGGAGAAAACAUGAAAAGGUGCCCUCUUGGGUGUACUUCCAGUGUAGAAAACAUGAUAAUGUGCCCUCGUGGGUGCCCUUAAAUGGAGAAAACAUGAUCAAGUGCCCUCUAGGGUGCGCUUUCAGUGGAGAACACAUAAUAAUGUUUCCUCUUGGGUGCCCUUAAAUGGUUAAAACAUGACAUAAUGCCAGCUGGAGUGCAUUUUCAGUGGAGAAACGGGAUUAAUUGCCCUCUAGGAUCACCUUUAAAUGGAGAAAACAUGAUGCAGUGCCAUAUAGGUUUCCCUACAUGCUAGAAAACAUGCUGUGUGCUGGUGCCCCACCACAUGCAGCUGGUGCCCUUUCUUAUUUUCUUUUUUCCGCCCCUGCCCCUCAGACAGCCUGAGUCCGCCACUGCACACAUGCAUGUUUGGGGGACUUAUUGUGUGGAGACUUUGUGGAGUCUUAUACCCUAUAACUUCCUGACCCUGAUGAAAGCACAAAUUCUUUUACAUUAAAUCCUAAAAGCAGCUGUAUAGUGGAAACAAAUCGGAGACACCAAUUGAGAUGUUAUAUGCCCAAUCAAUUGGUUAAAAGUCAUUCUGGGGACACAGACAUCCAUAAACGCACAGUGGCACUGUUUUUCCAAAUCCUAAUUAAUACCUAAUUCAUAAUUAAUUAAUGACCGACUGGAUAUCUCUAUCCCCCAUCUCUGAUCCAGGCAGAUACAUUUAGUAUCCACUGUAGCUCAGUUGCAUCCAUCACAGCAGAUUGCACAUUGAGAUACACUGGUGUGCAUCACUUGCAGCGCGCCAUUCGGUAAGAAAAGACCAGGUUUCAAUGAUAACGAUGAGACACGGAGCUCAUCCAUAUUAGAGGAGAGUCUUUAAUGAACUCAGACCCGUUAGAGACACUCCUCCUCCUCUCCUCUCCUCCUGCUCCAGGCUCCCUCUACAGCUCCGACGCGCGGGAGGAGAAUAUUCAUCCCAUCUUCAUCUGUAUCAGUCUCAGCAUCCAUCGCCUUGAAGACAAAGAAAGAGAGCGCCGUGCAAUGAAGAUGUGCUCCUCCAAUAGCAGCAGGAGAAGCAGCAGCCAGUCUUAUUAAAAGUCACUGUUUUGUGCAGCCGUGCCCGCCUGGAGGAGAGGCAGACAGGCAGCCGGUCCUAUGGGAGACUCUUCUGAGAUGCGCAGAGAAGAGUGAAGCAGAGGAGCGGUGGUGAGAGAGAGAGAGAGAGAGAGAGAGAGGCGGUGUGUGUGGAGCUGACCAGACGGAAUCAUGUUCGCUCCUCCAGCCGGAGCAGCAACGAGGUGGCAUCAAACUUGAAGAAAGGAGACGUGUAUAUACGUGUGUGUUUCUGCAGCAUCAACCUUUAACUUGCAUCAUUUUACCCCCCCAUCCCUCCUCCAAAAAAAAAAAAAAGAGGCGCUGUCCGUGGUGCUGAAACAGAUCAACUAGUGAAGAAGAAGAGGAGAGGAGGAAGACGCUCUCUUCACUUCGCCCACCUGCUUCUUCUUCUUCUUCUUCUUCUGAGCUCCGCAGGCAUAUUUUGGCAGCUUCAGUAAAAGAACUUAUUACAUUAGCAGCUGACUGUGUGGAAUCAUGUGGAUGAAGAUGAAGAUGAUGGUGGACUCUCUGCGUGUACGGAGAAGGAGGAUGCCCUGGUCCCUCUGGUUCCUCCUGCUGUUUGCCACUGGAGGUCUGGUUCUCUUCAUCCAGAUGGAUCUGUCUGAGUUGGUCCAGCAAAACGGCCCAGCUUGGAUCGGGAGAAUAUUUGAAACCACGAGUGCAGCCAAAAACACAUCAUCAGGCGUGAAGCUCGGAAGCACUCCGCGGCAGUCCAGAGAGACUCUUUCUACGCAGGACAGAGAGAGAAGCAAAUCUGACAAUGAUCAGGACCACCAAGCAACAGAAGGCAUCUUGGCCAGCCCGAUCCCUCCGAUGCAGUUCCCGAACUUUCACGAGAGCAGACUUCUUCCUCCUAUUCCUGGGUCUCUGGAACAGAGUAGACCGGCGCCCACCCCAGGGUCUCGGGAGCAGGACAUGGCCUCCCUUCGUGUCACCAAAAGACAACGCAAACUGCUGAAGACAAGUCCCCCAGUCCACCACAAAACCAAUAGUGAUUCCACGUCCUCUUCUUCUUCUUCUUCCACCUCCUCCUCUUCUUCUUCUUCCUCCUCCUCCUCAUCACCAGUUUCCUCCCCUCCUGCUUCUGGCUCUUUCAACCCUGAUAAGUGGAAAAAGCUCACUGACAUCCAGGUAGCGCGCCGGCAACUGAUGAAGGAGAUGUGCGCCAAGUACAAAAGCAACAUCUCCAAGACCAUCACGCGUCAUCACAUGAGAAACCUCUUCGUGGAGGACAAGUACAAGCUGUUGUACUGCCAGGUGCCCAAGGCGGGCUGUUCCAACUGGAAGAGGACCCUGAUAAUGCUGUCGGGCAAGGAAACCAAUGCUAAGAGCCUUAUGCACGACGCGGUCCACGAUGGCCAUUACCUCAGGGAUCUUAUCAGCUUUGACCAAAAGGGAAUGAUGCUGCGUAUGGAGACCUACACCAAAAUCAUGUUUGUCCGAGAGCCCAUGGAGAGAAUGGUGUCGGCUUUCAGGGACAAGUUUGAAAAUCCUAACAAGUACUACCACAACCUGUUUGGGAAACCCAUUAUCUCCAAGUACAGGGCGAACCCGUCUGCAGAAGCCCUGAAAACAGGCGAUGGGGUCACGUUCAAGGAGUUUGUCCAGUACCUGCUGGAUGUCCACCGGCCCGUGGGAAUGGACAUCCACUGGGAACAGGCGAACAAUCUCUGCCACCCUUGUCUCCUAGACUAUGACUUCAUCGGCAAAUUUGAGAACAUGGAGGAAGAGUCCAACUUUCUCCUGCGGAUGACCGGGGCGCCACCCUACAUCAACCUGCCCAGUUUUAAAGACAGGAACCCAGCCGACAAGAGAACCUCUUUGAACAUCACACAACAAUACUUUUCACAGGUCAGCACGUCGGAGAGACAGCGAAUCUAUGACUUCUACUACACGGACUAUUUGAUGUUUAACUACACCAAGCCUUUUAAAGAUUUAUAUUGACUGACUCCUAUCAAAUCUUGAAUCACAGUCACAUUCCACGUCUGCAUCACUACCAUGAUCUUAACUCACGCGCUCACACGGAUUUUUGCAUCUCAGCACAGACAUCGGAGGGACUGAACGUCCUCUGAAUUCCGCAAAAGCUGCUUUUUAUGCAUACAUUUCUACCAGAUUAUCUUCAUUUUUCAGACAACUACGAGAUGAAAAAGCUUCAUGUGAUAUCAAAUACUCUAAAUUGUCCUGAAAUGGAAGUUAUCUAUUCACUACUAGCACAUGGUGAGGUAGAACAUUAAAAUCAUAAAUGUUAUGCCUCUUAAAAAAACAGUUUAUUAUUGUUCAACAGGCUUUAAACUAUGCCUUUACUGUGAGUCAAAUAGGAUUUGUAAAUGCGUUUAAUGGUUUGAUUCAACAUAGGCGCCACAUAAGUGCAAUUUAAUUAGGAAUGCACCGAUCUGACUUUUUCAGUCCCGAUACCAUUUGGAUACCUGGGUUUUGGGUAUCGGCAGAUACUGAGUACUGAUCCGAUACCAGUGUUUAAUUAAUAAUCUGUAUGCUUCACUAUGUGGAAGUGACUGGGAUCAUUCUUUUAUGUGUAGGCAACAUUAGGCUUGACUUAAACAUCGCUUUCCUAACUUUGUAAAACAAAAUGCAACAAAUAAAUACAUAGAUAUAAAUGUACAAAAUUGUUAUUUAUUAAAAUAAUAGUAUGCACUACCAGAUCGGCUUAUUAACACCAGCUAUUUGUGUCAGUAUCGGACCGAUAUCCAAUAUCAGUAUUGGUGCAUCUCUAAAUUUAAUAUAGGUUCUAAUCACAUUCUUAAAGUAUACAUUAUACACAACAGUGUUGUGUGUAUGUUAUGUAGGUCAGCCCCUAUCACCUACCUUUAGAAUAAUGAUACCACAAUGUAAAGCGUAUUAUGGAUGUAAAUGCAUAUUAUCAUAGUAAAUUAUGGAUAUACUGUAGUUGCUUUAGUCCUUGGUUGACACCCCAGACAAAGAUUAAGUAAUGAUCACUGCCAUGUAUUGCAAUUUGUUCAUUUUGACUCCCUGCAUUUGAAUAUCAAUUCAUUAGAAAUAUUUGCAUUUACUAUUUGACUUUCAGCAGGUUAGGCAUCAGUAUACCUCUAUGUAUCAGUGCAUACUAAUACAUCAUGUACGUGGUUUUACUGAACAUAAACCGCAACAAAAUGAAACACUAUAAAUAGUAUCUUUGAAAUGUGUCAACCACUCGGAGGCUGUGCGCACCUAUUGUAGCAUUUUUGUACUUCUAACUUUGUCGGUUAGGUUUGUGCUCGAGUCUAUAACACAUACAUGUGCUGUAGGUCCGCCGUCACUUAGAGGUAUUUUACUUGGGUGGCUCUUGUUAAAUGCAGGAUAUCCAGGUACUUGCAGGGUACAAAGUGUUGCUGCCAAUAUCUCCUAAUGCCUAUUAGUGUUACAGACUUUCUAAUCAUUCGGUUUCCGGAGUCUGUAGACAGCAUUGGUGAGCAAAUGGGUAAAAAUCAGGCAAAAAAAUCCCCAAAAAACAGAUGUUUAGACUUGGUUUCAUUAAAGUCUAAAAUGGAUGAUUUGGACAUUUUGAGAGGAUGAGAAAAAGAAAAGAGGGUGCCCAAAUUUCUCCAUCUAUCACAUUAAACACCGCCUGAACAGCUAUCACUUAUCUCACACCAUGCCCUCUUUAUGUAUCACAUCUAUUCCACACCACCCAUAUAGGCUUUUUUUCUGACACUACUGUGUACAAUUGUAUAAUGGGCAUUCAGAUGACUAUAUAUUUUUCUAUGUAUUUCUAAAAUAUAUAUAUUCAGUGCUUAUGGUGAAGGUAUGUUAAUUUCAUUUUUUGAUGUCAUUUGUUGUUCUUUCAGUAAUAACAGUGUAGAGUUGUUGUGUAUAACAGAAGAAGAGUUUCUUUCCAAAACAAAAUAUCCACCAGCUGAAAAACCACAAGUCUAACUCUCAAAGAGACUAAAUGACUGCAAACAUUUGCGGUGCCAGAAGAUUAUUUAGUUUGGUUGAUGAAUUGAUACCACUCGGUGCUUUGGAGGUGGCGAAAGAUGUUUGUUUUUUUAAUUUUAUGAAAAUGGAUAUAUACGUUUUUGGAAAUUAGCUCUUUAAUUACUUAUACCUGAUCUGUUUGGUCUCUCAAUAUGAUAAUAGACCCUGUACAGAUGAGCUGCAUUCCAACCUAGUUACCCAUCCUGGCUAAUGACAUUUUUACCCAUAGCAACUCCACUGUGCGUGUGCGUGUGCGUGUGCGUGUGCGUGUGGUACUGAAAGAGCUGUUUACAAUCGGUUUUCCUGCAUCUUUUGUAAACACAUACUGCUAAAAGACACAAAUUGAAGGUACAGUUUUCUGUGUGUAACAUUACUAGACUGCUAUAUUCCCAACACACCACCCAACUGGCACUGAAAUCAGAAAACUUUUUUUUUCUUAAGUACCACUUGAAGCAAGUCAGAUCCCAUGAAAAUGUGCACUCGUGUACACUGCACAGAGAUUGGCAAUUCUUAGAUCCUGAGCACUCAAACCUUUUGAAUUCAAACCUUUGAAAACAUGUUUAAGAUAUAAUAUGAAGGUAUAAAAUGAACAGAACCAUUCAUCAGAUAAUCAUGUGCUGUUCAUCUCCAAGGUUAUAUUGACCUCAGCCAAGGUUUCUUUCCUAAUGAAAGUUGAGAUUAAUGUGCAGUGAGUGCGAUGAAGAAGUGACUACAUAUGAUGAUGACUAGGACACCAAAAUAAUAGAAGCAAAUUAAUACAUGUGGGGGGUAAAUUUACACAGAAAUACAAAAUAAAAAUAAAUGAAUUAAGAUAAUAAGCUACAACCAAAGUGGGUAGCAGUAUAUUUUUUAUGAGGGCACGAUGCAAAGAUGAGAUUUAUCUAUUAUGAUGCGGGGAACAACCUAUGGCUAGUCUCCUAUAAAGUAGCAGUCACUAUUCAGCUAUACACUUUGCAGCUCACUGGAAAUGUGUUUUAUGUAACAAAAUACUUUAUAAAGAGACGUAUUUGCCUAUGAGUAAGGGGAAAUUUGUAUUUUAAUCUAUACACACUAUAAUCUUUUCAAGAACAAUUUUGGUGGUAGUACCCUUUCACGGUGAUGGUAAUUGUAUGAACUUUUGUCAGUAUACUGUGUUGGCUUUUGCAAUUCCAAAAUCUAAUCUUUGUUUAGGUUGCGGUCGGAUUCUAUGUAGGUAUAGCCGAGAUCUGGCCAAAACAGCUACUGCAUUAUGAUGAGUAUUACUCUUGCAAAUACUCCGUCCCUGCCCCGCCCCGCUAAAUAAAGUUUUCUUGGUAUGUGGGUGUAUGGACAGAUUUAUCAAAAGCGUAAUUACAGUAACAAGUGAAUGUAUAACUGUUUAUUGUUGGUGCAAAAGUGUAUAAAAUAUGAUCUUAAGCCCUUUGCCUUAUUUUACACUGCCAAUCAAAUGGUGUAUUUCAGGAAGACAUUCUUCAGGAGGUUAUUAUUUCUGGCUGAUGAGUGUCUACCAAUAAAUUGUCUUUAGCAUUUUCAA